AGUGUUGUGGUCAAGCAAAAGCAAAAGAAAAAGCUCAUUAGCAAUGGCUCCUGAAUUUAGCGGUGUUGGCGGAGCGGCUAGGUGCGGAUACGUCACGUUCUUGGCCGGCGAUGGUGACUACGUGAAGGGCGUGGUCGGGCUGGCUAAAGGGCUGAGGAAAGUCAAGAGCAAGUACCCUUUGGUGGUGGCUGUGCUGCCCGACGUGCCGGAGGAACACCGGGAAUUGCUGAGGUGGCAGGGGUGUGUCGUCAAGGAGAUCGAACCGGUUUACCCACCCGACAACCAAACCCAAUUCGCAAUGGCUUACUAUGUCAUCAAUUACUCCAAGCUCAGGAUCUGGGAGUUUGUGGAGUUUAAGAAGAUGAUAUAUUUGGACGGGGACAUACAAGUGUUCGAGAACAUAGACCAUCUUUUCGAGAUGGAGGACUCGUAUUUGUACGGUGUGAUGGACUGUUUUUGCGAGAAGACAUGGAGCCAUACGACUCAGUAUACGAUUGGGUAUUGUCAGCAGUGCCCCGACGCGGUCCAUUGGCCGUCGGACUUUGGCCCCAAGCCUCCUUUGUACUUCAAUGCUGGCAUGCUCGUGUUCGAGCCCGACUUGCGUACUUACCAUGACCUACUUGCCACUCUCGACGCCACCCCUCCCACCCCCUUUGCCGAACAGGACUUUUUGAACAUGUUCUUUAAGGAGAAAUAUAGGCCAAUUCCGGCGGUGUAUAAUCUUGUGAUGGCGAUGCUAUGGCGCCACCCGGAAAACGUGGAGCUCGAUAAAGUGAAGGUGGUUCACUACUGCGCUGCCGGGUCGAAGCCAUGGAGGUACACGGGAAAAGAGGAGAACAUGGACAGAAAAGACAUAAAGAUGCUGAUUAAGAAAUGGUGGGAAAUUUACAACGACGAGACCUUGGACUUCAACUACAAGAAGGAAGGAGACGACGACGGUGCAGAUGCACGACAACCAUUUCUGGCGGCGCUGUCGGAUGCAGCCGAUGUUCACUACCAUACUGCCCCAUCGGCGGCUUAAUCCAGGGCGGAGGCGCCAUAUAAUAUAUUUAUACAUCAUGAUAUAAGUAUUAUUUAGUAUAUGCGUCCCGUUAAUUUAUGUCUUUUUUUUUAAUUAUUAAUUUGUGAAUUUUAAUAUGUAAAUUAGAGUGCUUUGUGAGGAUUUUAAUGUAAUACUUAGGGGCUCUUUU